AUGAUCUGCUCCACCGGUUUCGCUCCCCUCUUCUCCUCUGAACGCCAUGGUCUUCAUGGUGAGCGCAUUACCAAUAUCCGCCUAAGCAAGGAUCUCGACAUGCCUACCGAUAGUGAUCUCUGUCAACUCCGCCGGCUUCCGCAAGUACAGCUCCGUCGUGACGACGAGGACGACAUGGCUCGAUACGACGCCUGUAUUCGCCGACGUGCCUUCCAAUUUGCUCCCGAAGCUCGCUCUUCCAGCGCCACAACCAAUUUCAGGGAUAGCAUCUACCUUGGUCGCAAAACAGGCGGCGGCGAUGUCUGGGCACACCUUGUUGGGGACCUAGCCAAUACGUAUUGCUGCGACGCGCCCCGACGUGCCUUUAUCUCCUUCCAGUGGGUUGACGGCAGUGAUGUUCAAGCGGUGGUCGUGCGCAGUCUACACUCGCUGGCUGAUGUUGCCGUGUGGGACGAUGGGAUCAAGGGUCAAAGUCUUGUUGAGCGCUUCUGCUUCAUCUACGAUGCGCUUGUUGGCGAGGCGAAGACACUAGCAUGGUUGAACGAUGAAUACUGA